AUGCUCGCGACAACAACCGUCAGCUGCGACAACGCCGCUGCUGAGACAACACGCCUGCCUCCAACAACACGCCAGCAGCAACAACACGUCUGCAAGAACAACACGUCUGCUGCAACAACACGUCUGCUGCAACAUACCGUCAGCUUCACCAACACGAUCAUGUCCGGCAAACCAUCCAGCAAUCCAACAACAUCCGCUGCCACAACCACAUACAUCACUCCCCCCCUACAUCAAUCCCCUCCCUACAUCAUCCCCCCACUUAAUCCCCCCCCUACAUCAUCCACCCCCUAA